AUGAAAUUUAUAUAUUUAGUCAUUUUGGGAAUAGCGAUAGUUGAGAGUCGUAAUUCUUUUUCUUUUUUAUUGAAUUCAGGAGAAAUUUAUAAUACAACUCUGAAAUUCAAAACAAAUUACGCUAUAAGUUAACUAAGUUUGAGAUGUGAUGUAAAGAUUAGAUUUAUUUUAGAAUCUUACUUAUGAUGCUUGGAGGUCUUAUGGUUAUUAGGAUCUUGAAGUAUCUCCAGAGUAACGAAGAGCUUUUUAGUGUUCAGACACAAAUUUUACACUUUCAGUCUCUAAUGAUUUUAAUCAAAAUGAAAUUGUUAUCUCAGUAUAUGAUGCUUACUACUACAAAGAGAUUGCAAAAUUCAAUUUUCUAUCAGAUAAUAUUUAUGUUCCAUAAAUUACUUUAUAAUAAAACUAAGCUGAUUUAAAGUCUCUUUUUUAUGUUGAUAAUGAAUUUAAAAUUACAAUUUAUAGUCCUUAAUAAAUCUAUAUGGAGAUAAUAAAGUGUUCAAAUUCAAACAGUCAUCUUACAGUAAAAGGAUAUGAUUCAAAUUAUCUUUAUCAUAAUUUAUCUGAAAUGUCAUACAAAAAUGCAUUUUAUGAUGUAGUAUAAACUUAGCAAGGAGAUUAUUAUUAUUAUUACAGAUUAUCUUAAAGUUCCUAUUCUACACCUGAUGUUUUUAUCAAAGUAAAUUAUUGUUUUAUUUUAUUAGUAUUAAAUUGCUUCAUACGUUGAUUUCAAUAAUAUCAAGGAAUAUGCUAAUAAAUAUUACUAUGUGAUGGGAUCUGUAUCUUCAUAGAAAAUACGUCUUUAAGUACCAACUAUUUAAGUAUUGAAAAGUGAAAAUGUGGAAUUCCACAUUGUUGUGAGUAAUGAUAAUUAUGAGGGAAACUAUUUACCUUGUAUUUAAGGUGAUUAAUCUCUCUAUACUUAAUAUGGAUCAAUUUAUCAUUCUGACUUUAGUAUAUUUACUUAAAAUCAAAAUUAUGGAAAAUAAGAAAUAGAGAUAAAUUUUCCUAAUUAAGAAUCUGGAUGGUAUAAUGUAAGAGUUACUGCAAUAGUUGAUCAUGGCUAUAUUAAAUAGUCUAUUCCUUUUGAAAAAUUCUAAGUCUAUUAAAGUUAUAUAAUAUUUCCAGAUACAUUAUUGGUUCAUAUCUUAGCACCAAUAAUCAUUGCUUGUAUAUCUUUAAUAGGUUUGAUUGUAGGAGCAUGUAAAUUUUCAUCUAAAAAGAAAAAGUUAUAAUAAUAGGAGUUAUUAUAAUAAUAUUAAAAUAACCUAUAAAUCCAAAGUCAUCCUUAAUAUUGA